AUGUAUCAACCCUGUGAAUCUUUGACAACUCUUGCACAGAUUCAGGCAAAGCUUCUGAGCUUCCAGGAGCUUCUUGAAUCGCAGAGUGACAAAGAGGCGCAGUUAACAAACGAAAUGUUGAAUUUCUCAAGUGAUGUUAUGUGCGAACUGCGUUUAUUAUCACUUGUUAGAUCACAAAUAAUUAAAAAUGAAGUCCUUGAUAUCCAAAAAUCUCUUGAUUCGCAAAUGCUUAAAGGAUUAACUUUUUCUAAUCUAGUUUACUGUCCAAUGUUUUUCGAAAGCAACUUAUUAAAUCAUUACAUGACAUUUAUUACAUACAUGCGUUCAAAUCCAGGCGUUUUAGCUAAAUCAUUUUACCAUUAUUCGAAACUUCAUCCAGAAACAGUUGGCCAUCUUGCUUACUCAUUAUUUUUAACACUUUUCCAACAAGGAUGGUGCUCUGAAGAAGAUCAUUUACUUUAUUUGACAUUAAAAGAAUUUGCCGAUUAUCAAUUUCAAAAUCAAGUCAAAACUACGAUUAACAACACCCCACCGGACAAUAUCGGAUUAAAUUUAAGACCACCGUUAUUAUCCCAAACAUCUGUAUUACAAGAUUUAGAGCCAUUCGCUUCAUUUGUAACAUCAUAUUUAUUUAAUGGCUGUUCACUUGCAUAUUUGCAAAGUGCUCUUAGCCAAACAGUUACUAUUGUCCAUUCUCUCAGUUCUCUUCGCGAACUACACAAUAAUUUCACUCAAGUUCCGAAUUCAGAUAUUAUAGCUCCAUACAAGUACUGGACAACCAUUUGCAAGCAUGCAAAAUACACAUUCAACUCAUUAGUCAACAGUAUCGAGCUCUUACCAUCCGGAAUUUCCAAAUUAUUUACUCAUAUCAGAACCCAUCCUUCUGGAGGCGAUACAGUUUGUUUACUACUAUUCUUUGAGUCCUUUAUUAACAGGGCUCUUGAAAAUCCAGCCGUUCUUGGCCUCCAUCCAUGGCAUCCAGAAUCAAAUGCUUGGUCCCCCUUAAAAGACAUUGCAACCGUAUUCAAAGUGAAGUACAUGACUGCUCUUCCAUCCUCCUUCCUUUCUCCUCUCAAGAAAAUUCUCGACACCAUUCCAGAUUUCGUCGAAAUUGACUUCACCACUUUUCUCGACCACUUAACCGAUAACAGCAUCAUAAACACGUCCAUGAUGUCCGAGAAAGAGCUUAUUUUCACCAACCCUCAUUUCCCUAAAGAGCUCGUCAUUACCGGCAGAGAUAUCGUUGAAUUACAUUUAGCCGCUUUGAGUUUACCCGAAGAAUUCAAAGAUUCCGCGUUCAAAUCAUCGAUGUCACGUUUAGGAAAUAUUCCUAAACUUACAGAAGCCGCGUUAGAGCAUUUUCGCAUUGUUUUACAACGACAAAAAGAAAUCACUGCUGCAGCAAAAUUAAUGAGGCAGCAAAGUCUUUUUAAUGUCGUUGAAGACAAGAAUACGAACAAUAGAUUAGAUCCUUUUGCCGAAGCAUUCUAUGAUUCCAUUGCAACAUUGCCGUCUUUCACUAAUUUCAUUGAUUAUUUGCAUCCGACUGAUGCUGUUUCAUUUUUGGAACAAAUGAGAAUUUUGACACCUCAUUUUCUUGAUCCCAAAGACAUUGUUGAAGCCGAUUCCGUCUUGUAUUAUGCAGUACACAGUUCCGGACCCAUUGAAUCCCUUCUUCCAAGAAUCGACGCUGUUACAGAGAUGAGAAACACUCGAGCGAUGGAAGCAGCAGACAGAAGUUCCGCGAUUGAUACACAGCAUCAAAGAAUCUCUGACGCUUUGAAGAUGGUUUUAUCGAUGAGGGAGAACGUGCAGAGUUAUUUGCUCUAUAAUAUAGCGUUGACAUUAGUUCACGAGAACUUACAACAAUCGUUCCAAAUGGCUAUGUUUCCUUCUCAUUUGUUUUUAACAAAUAUUGACACUUUUAAUAAUUCCACGAGUUUGCUUCUUAGAGAGACAGAAACAGUAUGUGGAAACUUGGGAAUGACGGCAAACCAAACUGUUCUGAUAGCAAGAGUAAUGUUCUUUAAGAUGACUGACCAUGUAACAGUUCUUUCGUUCAUAAAAGGUGAAAAAAGUGUUUGGAAAAAUUCAACAAUUAUAAACCAAAUUCUGAAAAGUCACCAAAAAGAAAUGAUCGAAAAAGUAACAAGUUCAUGGAAGAUGUCAUUUGAAUUACGUCGUGUUUAUAUCGAGCGUGCAGCAGAUUUGCUUGGCCACAUCAAAGUUUCGAGUGGUAUUUCUGUCAUGUUGUAUUAUGUUGUAGAAAUGAUUACAACUGUUACAGAAUUGACAAAGAAUUGUAAGGAUUUGUCAUUUGACACAGUUAUUUUACUUGUUAUGAUUAUGACAAAAAUGAAUCAUAUAUACGGAACAAACAAGUUCAUUUCGCAUUUCAUUCUUGGAAAUAAUUCUGUUGACACUCUUUUGACUGCUGAAGAAAAUCAGUAUUUGUCUGUGUUUUCUUCGGCUGUUUGCAUGCUCAACAGACUUUGCAGCGAAUAUGAUAAGAGAAUUACAAGCGAAUGGGAUUAG